AUGGAAGGAGAUCUCGUCUUGAGAAUUGUGCGGACCAUCGUGGGAUGUCUCGGUAUCGUUGGAAACGGUCUAGUCUGCUUGGUCAUCGCUAAGGUGUCCGUCAUGAGGACUGUUACAAACGCUUUCAUCUUCAACCAAGCUGUCAUCGACUUGCUUGCCUCGCUAUCCCUGAUCAUUAGCAGUAACUGCUUCUUCGUGAUGCCCAGUGACCCAGCACUCGCUGUCUUGUACUGCUAUAUCUGGGAGACGGGCUACUAUCUCUGGGCAUUCUUUGUCGCUUCCUCCUUUAAUCUCGCGGUGCUCACCUUAGAACGUUACGUUGCCAUCGUCUUCCCGUUCAAAUACGUCAAGCUGUUCGGUGCAAAACAAGUCGGCUUGAUCAUCGCUUCUGUUUGGUUGACCUCCGUGGGAUACAAAGCCUACUUGUUCACCACUCGAGAGAUCACGGACCACAAAUGCCUGCCUCGAGAUGUGGCGGCGCCGGAGCUGCUUGGCGUCGCUACCAUUUGCAUCGAGUACUUUUUCCCGCUGGUCUUCAUGGGCUUCUGCUAUUUCCGGAUCAUACUCUGUUUGAAGCGCGGGGCGGCUCGUAUCGCCCAGCAAUCUUCCUCGCCUCGACACGGUGGGGAGUCGCUCAGGGGCUCGCUGGUCCGAGCUAAGCGCAACACCAUCAAAACAUUGAUAAUGGUCUUCUUGUCGUACAUGGUGUGCUGGUCGGCCAAUCAGAUUAUCUACCUAAUGUACAACCUGGGCUGGCCGCUGGAUUUCACGGGCACUUUUUAUGUCUUCUCAGUCUCUCUUGCCGCCUUCAACUCUUGCAUCAACCCUUUCAUCUACUCCAUCAAAUACCGUCAGUUUAAAAGAAGCGCAAGAAUCUUAUUGAUGCCUUGCAUCCCUACCCGGAGAAAUCGCAUCGCGGUGGCCUCAACUUCAUUAAAUAUUGCAACCAGAGGACGAGGAGGUUCCCGAGCAGUGCCAAAUGAACCUGGCUGA